AUGCCUCUGCGAUGGGCCUCUUGCCUGUUCCGGCCCGCAAGGGUAACAGUUUCAUCUCUGGAGGUCAAUCCAUCUACUUGCCCAACCGCGCUCCAUGAGAUGCUUGCUAUGCGCGGCACCGCCUGCCUGCGGCCUCGCGGCGCCCACAUCCUUUACGAACGUGUCGAUGACGCUGGGCAGGGCGCCUUCACGCCACCCGUCCUCAUCUACAUCAAGCGCCUUCCCGUCUGCGGCGGUCUGGAUGUUUGCAUCAAGCGGACGCUCGUCACCCACUUUGUGUGCCGCGCCGCACGCGAGGCGCGCCUCCAAGUCCAGCUUCAGCACCCGCACCUUCUCCCCGCGCUCGCCUGUGUUCGCGGCAGCCGCCACUACUACCUCGUCCUGCCAGCUGCGGAACGGGACUUGUGGGAGGAGGCUGAGGCCAUGCGGCAAGAAGGCACCGGCUACAGUGAAGACGAGCUCCGGGAUAUCGCCAGACAAAUCCUGCUAGGAUUGGACCAUCUGCAUUCCAGUAACUUGGCUCACAGAGACAUCAAGCCAGCCAACGUUUUGAGAAUGCCCGACGGCCGCGUUGUGGUGGCGGACUUUGGCUGUGCCGACGGCUGUAUGACGGGCUUUGUGGCGGCGGGUACGGCGCAGUUCCAACCGCCGGAGUGCCGCCGCAAUGCCGGUGCCCAGCUUGCCGUACUAGCCAAAGGGUACGACCAGCGUGUGCAGGACCUUUGGAGCUUGGGCGCGACGUUGGCGUCCCUGUGGUACGGCAAACUGCCAGACGUGAUUCGGGGCACCGGUAAUUCGCGGGUGCCGUCGGCGGCGGCGGCGGCCGCCGCCGUCGCGGCCGCGGCCGCCGCUGUAGCCUCGACAGACGGCAGCAGCGGCGUCGAGCCUCGCUUUAGCUCAGGCAGCAGAACAAGCAACUGUACGGCGGCAGGAGGGCCGGGAGGAUCUUAUGACGAGGCGAUGAUGCCGCAAACACAACCGUCGUUGUCUUUGUUGCCGCCGUUUUUGGCAGCGGCGGGCUUUGCGGCGUGCGGAUCAACGGCUGUACUCCAUCACUCCGGGGUCGGGGCUGUUGCCGUCACCCGCUUCCUCCCCGCUAUCGCCGACAUCGCCGUGUAUGAGUGCGCUGGAUUCGGACAGGUGCUUGAGGCCCUUUGA